CGGAGCCUAAGGGGGUGGGGAGAGGCAGGCCCCUCGGCCCAGCUGAAAACUGAAUUGUUUGCCGGCUGGCUCCCCACUCUGCCAGAGCGAGGCGGGGCAGUGAGGACUCCGCGCCGCGUCCGCACCCUGCGGGAGAGCCGCUUUGAGCUCGGCUGCGGCCGCGCGAGGCGCUUUUUCCCAGAAGCAAUCCAGUCGCGCCGGGUGGUUCUUGGGCGUCAGGAAAAGCCCGGAGCUAAUACCCGCCGCUCUGCCAUUGCACGGGGCCGCAAGCCACAGACGGACGUCGGAGGGGAAUGAGGCUGAGCCCGGCUCUCCCAGGAAGAAGACAGUGCGCCGGAGCGGCGUGGGAAAGAAGGGAGGAGUGUCGUUAAGUUUACGGCCCACGGUGGAUUAUCCGGGCCGCUGCGCGUCUGGGGGCUGCGGAAUGCGCGAGGAGAACAAGGGCAUGCCCAGCGAGGGCGGCAGCGAUGAGGGCCUGGCCAGCGCCGCGGCGCGGGGACAAGUGGAGAAGGUGCGACAGCUCCUGGAGGCCGGCGCGGAUCCCAACGGAAUCAACCGCUUUGGGAGGCGCGCAAUCCAGGUCAUGAUGAUGGGCAGUGCUCGCGUAGCAGAGCUGCUGCUGCUCCACGGUGCCGAGCCCAACUGUGCGGACCCUGCCACUCUCACCCGACCGGUGCACGACGCUGCCCGGGAGGGCUUCCUGGAUACGCUGGUGAUGCUGCACCGGGCAGGGGCGCGGCUGGACGUGCGCGAUGCCUGGGGCCGUCUGCCCUUGGACCUGGCUGAGGAGCGGGGUCACUGCGAUGUUGCAGGGUACCUGCGCGCGGCUGCGGGGGACUGACGCCGGGUUCCCCAGCCGCCCACAACGACUUUAUUUUCCUCCCCAAUUCCCCACCCCUUCCCACCGAAUUAGAUGAAGGCUGCAAAAGGAGAGCGGCAGGAAGCCUGUAAACCUACAAGCCGUCUGAGACUGGCAGGAAGGGGGAGCAGACCGGGAAUAACCUUCCAUACCUUUUUUUUUUUUUUUUUUCCUGGAUCCAGCCCUCGACAGUCACCGUAAAGCCAAACACAGGAGGAUUUCCAGUGAUAUUUAGGAGUGUGUGAAGUUCAGGUGUCGUUUGCUUUUCAGGGUUUUCUCAGGGAAAGUGAAUAUGAAAUCCUUGACCAACCUUGGCGGCUACUAAUCUUCCAACGGAUGACUCCAGCGCCGAGUGGGAGACAGUCGUGAUUGGCAUUUGGGUGGGAGCAGUCCAUGCGUUCACCCCACUGUCUGCUGAGGAGUUCUGGUGAACCCACAGGUUAGGCCCUAGCGGGGAAAAAGGAAAACCUGAAGACUGAGGACAAAGUGGACGAGGGCUGAGGUGGGCUUCAGUAAGUGAUCGGUGCUUUAGUUUGGCCGCUUAGCAAGUCCAGAACAGAAACCACACUCUCUGGAAGCCCUGGGGACCCGCGCCCAGCUCCACCAGAUAGCAGAGGGGUAAGAGAGGACGUGCAAGCGACGACAGAUCUACCCCCAAAAAUCGUCGUCGUCGUCCUAAAAUCCCUGGACUACGAUGCUGCAGAACACCUUUGCAGAGGGUGUUGGCCUUUGUUCUUACUGCACUGAGGAGAGAUUACCGCGGCGUCCGGAGGCAAACUGUGUAGGAUGAGAUGGUGAAGUGGAAUGAGAGCGAUUGUAACGGUUAACUGUAACGUUUUCUUUCUUACACACAAGCGUGAGUGCGCAUGAAUUGCUACUUUUUGCUUCUCCGAUAUUUUGUAUUUUUUAGUUGUUCAGUAACUGUCUUAUUUAAUGGGGAGAUUUUAGAUAACAUUAUAACUAGUGGCUCUCAGUUAAAAUGUGAGGAAGAACUACAGCUUUUAAAUGUAGCCAUGGCACUGUAGCAAGCUCUGUGCAAACUCCUAGAUUGCUUUCUCUUUAACCUAUUUAUUUCUUUGUUAAUUUCUUUGUUAAUUUCUUUAUUUCUUUGUUAAUUUUUUCUGAUUGUUUCCUUUAUAGAGUGUCUCAGAGUGCAGAGGUCAGACUAAGAAAUAUUCCAAAUGUCUUUUAGAAGAUAGAUGCACUUAUGUAGUAAAUUAUCUUGGGAUAUUUCCCAAAAGACUGCUGAAAAAAAAUAGAUUGAGUGUAAAAACUGUUGUAAAUAUAUGAUGGCUUGUGGGAUGUCCUACUAUCUACUGAACAAACUAAAGAUGUACUGCUUUGGGAUUUAAUUUCCAGUGUUGCUUAUUAUAUCAUUGGAAAAAAACUGAUACUUCACUGCUUUAAUAAAGAACUAACAGAUUGAACUCCAAGAGGUGGGUAAUUAGGUUUAAAAAUACAUGUUCAUGGAUUUACCCCUAACUCCUGAGAAAUGUUAAAGGUUCACAGGGGUUCCCUUAUCUCAACAUUUGUAAUAAUUAUUUAUAAGUAAUACCAACAAUUUAUAAAAACUGCUUACAUAUGCCACAGAAAAUUAAACAUAAAAUUUAUACAUGUAUUAUGCUUCUGAAUGCUCAUUCUACUACACAUUUAAAAGAGGCAAAAAGAAACAGAAAAAAGUAAUUUGAGAGUAGAGACUUGUAAAGAAGAGUACAUUUGAGCUAUAAACACACAACUCUUCACUGCUUUAACAAUUCCUGUUCCCAAAACGAACAUAUUUCUGGGGACAGUUAGUUGAGAAUCAGAGAAUAUGUCACUGGAGAAAGGAUAUGUUUAUUGACAUAUAAUCUGUACCAGGCAUACAUUAAAAUACAUUUGUUCAUUUAAUACUGAAACCUGAGAGAUAGGUAUUGUUUCCCAGAUGAAGACAAUGAGGUAAAGAAAUAAUCAAAUAACUUGCCAAAGGUCAGAAGAUAUUCGUUCCAUGGAUGCAAAAAGUAAGUGCAUUCUGGUUCAAAAGCCUAUUAUGGCUGUCUUGCUUUUCUUCCCAUCGCACCAGCAUGUCCUCCAAAAUCAUUAAUGAUGCACAUGAAGAUAACUUAAGGAAAAAAAAAAAACAGAAAUACACAAUGAUCUCCCUCAUAAGUUCCUAAGGAGGCUUUUCUUUCUCUAACUUCUGGUAAAUACAAACAGCUUGUUUCAAAUCUAUUUUAAAAUGUCAACAAUAUGGAGAAUAGCCCCCAAAAAAACACCUAUAAAAACCCAAAAUUUUGGAACAAGGAUAAUGGAACCUCCAUUUUCAAAUUAAAGCACACACAGGGACAGAAAAUAUUCUAGUUAUCACUUAAGCACUCAACAUUAUGGGCUACAAGAAUAAUAUUUUUAAAGUUACAGUAUUUUACAAUUCCUAGAAAACAGUCUGUAUAAAAGAAGUCAAUUGAUAAUUUAAAAUCUCCCUUUUGAUUUAUAAAAUCCCUUAAUUUGACCUCUGUGUCUAAAAUUCCAAGAUGUUUAAAUUUGCUAGUCGCAUGAUACUGGGUCAUGAAAAAUUAUCCCUUGAAUUAGAUAUGAAACAUGUUACUUCAUUUCUAGAAAGAUUUCAUAACUUGUGGAAUCUUUCCUAAUGACAACCUGAUAUUAAGGGAAACUUAAAAAAAAAUGUUAUUGCGGAUUACACAGUACUAUAUUACAUUGAUUUUUGUUUUGUUUUGUUAGUUUUUUCUUUUCCUUUUUUUUUUUUUUUUUUGGUAUAAAGCAAAUCUAAAACAUUAUUGAGUAUCAGUUACCACCUGGUUGUACUGAAAUAGUAACUUAUUAAUGCCAUGUAAAAAUUAAUUCCAUUUUUGAAGCCACCUGGCAGACAGGUUUAGCUGUCUCAUCAACAGCCUGAAGAAAUACAUACUGUUAAAUUUGUUAUUCACUUUGAAAGAUACAUGCAAAAACACAGUUACUAUUUUUAUGAGUCCUGUUUCUGGCUCCAUUGUGGAACUACAGAAAAUUAAAUAUACCUGUUAAGUUCUAUAUCUAAAUCUAAGACAUUAUCAAGGUUUGUACAAAUUCUACUACCUGACAUUUAUUCCAAGAAGGUCUGUAAAGUUAAAUACAUUUACAAAUUUAAUAA